UUGGGUGUCCUCUCACGGGACGACUUUGCAUUUCGCUAUCGGCCGCGAGAAGCGGCGGGAAGAGCAGUUUUACUGAUUUUUCGCCACCGUCGUUGCCUGAAUGUUAUAUCACAAAUCACGGGAGUGCGGGAGAUGGCGGUCAGUGUCGUGAGAUACCUGCUACUCGUCACCCUGGCCUUUCUGCAAUACCACGAUGUAAGCGCGGAGACGAAGACGUUCAAGGACCUGUUUAACAGUACAUCCUGCGCUAAGCCACCCUACGAGUGUCCCCAUCCGCAGAUCCAAUUUUAUUUGUACACAAGAGACACGCAAAAGAAACCUUUACGCUUAGACGUUCGAAGGUUCGACUCCCUUCACUAUUCCAGAUUUAACAGGUCGCAUCCCACUAAAAUCAUUAUACACGGUUUUGGUGGCGGAAGGAAUCUGAUACCUAGUCCAGAUCUUCGAAAAGCGUAUUUCACGCGAGGCAAUUACAAUAUAAUAAUCGUCGAUUACGGUGCGUUGGUACGCGAGCCCUGUCUAUCGCAGAUACAAUGGGGUCCAGAUUUCUGUUCACGAUGUAUUGCUCAAUUGGUAAGGUACUUGAGGGAUCAUCCUCGGGGUACGAGGGUGGAGAAUAUACACGUGCUUGGGUACAGCGUGGGUGCCCAUAUAGCCGGGCUGAUUGCGAAUUAUUUGCCCGAUGACAGACUUGGAAGGAUCACAGGACUCGAUCCGACGAUAUUUUUCUACAUGAAUGGAAACCGAUCGAUGGAUCUGGACGAGACGGAUGCUCACUUCGUCGACGUGAUCCACACCGGUGCUGGCAUUUUGGGCCAAUGGGGGCCAACGGGACACGCGGAUUUCUACGUAAACGGAGGCUCCAGUCAGCCCGGAUGCGCGACGACUUCCUUGCUCCAGACCCUGUCGUGCGACCACACAAAGGUAACGCCUUAUUACAUAGAGUCAAUCACGACGAAAGUAGGAUUCUGGGCAGCCCCCUGCGGAAAUCUUUUUUCUUACCUGAUCGGAUGGUGCAAACCCAAGCUGGACGAGUACAUUCUUAUGGGAGAAGACGCCCCUCACACAGCACGAGGCAUCUAUUAUCUCUCAACAAACGCACACAAACCGUACGCCCGCGGUCUUCCCGCAAAAAGCCAGCAAACGACAAACCGGAAGCGAUCGUCCUACCGCCAGUAUUGAGCUUAUUGAAGCAACUAAUCAACAUAAUUAUAGAAUAGAGUGUCUGCAAUUAGUCGCAUACAUUGUACGUUGUGUUUGACCCUGUUGUUUCUUUGUACAUUAUAUUUUUAAUUAGUUUUUACGCAAUAAACUAUUUUCCUACGCAGCCUACCGUGAAUUCCGCGUCCCAUCAUCCGCGACAUCGUUCACGAUUCGUGAUUAUCGUGUCCGUUGCAUAUUAGAUUGUAUCAUCAUCGUGAUCGAAGUACUUUCACCUUUUUUCCGUCGUAACGAAUUCCAUGGUAUCGUUUGAAUGAUUAAUUGAAUCGAUUCAAGAAUGCAAGUGCAAACUGUCUUCCUCUUUAAAAUAUAUUUUUCCCUGCACAGUGUUUUAGGGCUUGAAGAACGACUAGAACACGUAUCGUUUUCUCGCGAUUGCUUAAGAAAGAAUUGGUCUCGGGGACAGUUUUAUGUUAACAACAAUAUUUAUUACAUAAUAAUUACGAUAUAAUAAUAACUUCUAUGGAUUUACAGUACACUGUCGCACUAAACCUUAAUUAUGUAUAAUAUGCAAUGGAAUGAUUACAAGUUGUUAAGACAUCCACGUUUCAAGCUGGAGGCGUUCAGGGCUUCGUUUUCAGGUUGGCUCGAAUGCGAACGACAAGGGAACAGUCCCUUCGUCUGCUCCACGUUCCAUCGCGGGAACGAUGCUCGAUCGUUAGAAAUCGAUCGCGAUCUACGACUCGGCCAGGGAUCAGAGAUGGACGAAAUUUCAUUCGAAUAUCAAACGACGAAUAAAAACAACAUGCGACGAUCUGUUCACCGCGUUUCCACCCGUCGAAGUCGUUCGGAUAUGCCCAUAUUCGUGAAAUAUAAUUUAAUUGUGUUCCAUUACGAUUUUUAUCGAACAAACGACGGCUUAAAAAUCGUUCGUAUUUUAUUCGUUAUUCGAAAUUCGAACAAGAAUUUUGCCCAUCUCUGCCAGGAACGACGCGUUUCGCUUUCGCCGGGCACCGUCCCGAAACGUAAGACUUCAAUUUUAUGUUUAUAUAUUAUAUAUAUAGAUCAUAAAGUUAGGAAUAAAUUUCUCACUACACCUUACGGCGAAUAACGUAGGAUCUACCAUAAAAAAUGGACAAUUUCCCGUGUGUUCGGUGAAAAAUGACAAACCGAGAAACGAAUCUUUAGCACGGAGUCGUUCUCCUGGGAGCCAGAACGAUGCUUCAACAACUAGAACGAGCUGUGCGCUUGAGAUUUUCGUUUUCUUCGUUUUUAACGUUACGUUAUGUUGCGUUUAUUAAUGUAUAAAUAUAUUUCUCAAUCGUUGUCAAUAGUUUGGUAUUAUCUAUUAUUGUUUUUUUUUUUUUUUUUUAUACAUAUAUAUAUAUUUCCUUUGCUUGGACCCUUUCGCGACGGCAACGUCUACGCGAAGAGUUCAUUUUCGUUUUAUAUGUUUAAAAUUUGCGCCAACUGAGAUGCGUCAACGAGCAAUGUUGCACGACUACCAGAGUUGAGCAAAAUUCUAAUUCAAUCAGGUAACUGUAUGAUAAUAGAAUGAUGUAUCUCACAAUGAAUGGAGAAAUAAAUAAAUGUUCAAUUAUUAAUUUUAAUGACGAAUAAUUUGCUGUAUGGUGCAUGUAAUUAUCAUUCGAUUAAAGUUUUGCCCAUUUCUGGUCACAAGUUACCGGCCGAACUGGCCCGAAUAGGGCCGAAUUGGGCCGAGUAGCCCUGUCCACAGACGCUACGAAGCUUUCGGAGGGUUCCCUCUCCCCCAUUACCGUGGUGGCGUUAGUGCAAUAUGGCGCGUGGAGGAUGACGAAAUUGGCGUAAGAGACGACAAUUUCUGGACGACACUGUUGAACGUUUCACUUCGAUACCCUCUAAAUCACUCAACUCGUUAAAACAAGCCAUUUCGCAGAGUAUAUAAGUAAUUUUACUCUGGAAAAGUAGUGUUCGACGUCACGAGAACAUCGUACUACCGGCAUUCGAAGUCAGGGUCAAGCAACGCCAAGCUGCAUGGUAACUAUUCUUUCGAUAUUUGUUCAUAGUACGUUUCAUCGGUAUUGUGCCUCGUUUUACACGAUAAAUUUGAAUCUUCGUAAGAGUUUAAUCGAUAACGUCUACUUUGUCAAUGAUUUUAACGAAUAAUAUCUGAGAUAGUCAUUCGGUCGCGAUUGUCGCGGCAAGUUCAUGGACGCCAUUUCGCGUCAUUUGGCGCUAAACUUUCCACUUGACGAAUUUAUGAUCAGACGCUCAAUGUAUCGGUAUAAUACCUCGAUAAUUGUCUCUGAAAAUAUAAUUAUUGUUCGUUGACGUCAAUUGGCAAUGGCGAUAUAAAAACUACUGCGGAUAAUAGAAAUUUAUAAUCAUCACGCUUGGUAAUUAUGUGUAUUACAGGACUGUCCACAGGUGGCACCUGUUACGUGGACAUCUUUCUCCGUCUUGUGUCCGAAACGAAGGAGAAAGACGUCAUUGUGGUUCAGAACGGGCAGAAGCGUCUUUGGACGCACGUUUCGGUUCGUGGACAGGCCUGGCGCGCGAGGAUACGUUCGAAAACCGUCUCAAAAGGGUAAGUGGAUCAUUGUUAACGAUAUUAUGGAAUCUUCUUUGUUGAGUGACGAAUCACGGUGAGGAAAAGUUAGAGAGCGUAGUGAUUCGCGUUAUCGAAGGGGAGCGACAUCGUGGACGAUUCGUUUAAUCUACACGCAAUUAUUCCUAUUCUGCUGUUGCAUCGUUCUACUCGAGGAGAAACAAGAACCGAAAGUGUCAACUCGACGUUAUUGUUAGGCUAAAUUAAGGCUUUACAAAGAUUCAUCGUACUUCUGCUGUUUCUUCUUCUUUAUUUACAUCAUCGUGCUUCGUCGCUACGGGCAAUUUAGAUCGACGCACCCGGCUGCGUCUUCGUAGAAACCGUGAAUGACGCUAACGUGACAAUCGGUACGUUUAUUGUUGAAAUCAGUGGCCCGCUAUCUCGCGGUAAAUUUAAAAGACUCGAAGGACCCAGGUCACUGCUAACAAAAACGACCAUGCUCGAAAGACUGGCGUAGCGUGUUUCAAGGGAAUCGUUGGUAAACGGAUGGGAAGAACGUAUGGUGUUUGACUGUGCGUGAGUUCGAUCGCGAGUGCUAACGAUGAUCGAUAAUGUCUGCUUCUAGGAAAACUUUGUCGUCGAAAUCAAACUCGUUGCCGUUGCAAGUGAUUGUAAGUGCCCGAGGGACAACGCAAGACAGACGGUACGGGGGACUAUAGUGCGUUCCAUGGGACGACCAGAGGACCUAGCCUAACCACGUGACUGCAACAUGAUCGCUUGAUAAGUGAGAUACUCUUCGAAGUUACAUAAAUUCACGAUACAUGUCUUUGAUUUGAAUAUCCGAAAUUUAAUUUUGGUAGAAUUUACGCAAUUUACUAUUUCUGAAUAGAAAUAACAAUGAUCAUUUUACAAUUUUAUACAUUAAUAGAGAUAAUACAUAAAUGUUGGGUUGUCCGGAAAGUUCAUGCCUAUUUUUAAGAAAAAUUCAAAGGCAUAUUUGAACUUUGAUUUAUAUUUAUUGAAUUAUAUAUGUACCAUUUUGUUCCAUAACCUUUCCACUUGUUAAGGAAUGUACACGUAUUAUAUGUUUUCAGCCAUUCCGAUAUAUUCAGACCUGUACCGCCUACUAAAAAUCGGCAUGGACUUUCCAGACAGACCAAUAAUAAAAGUAGCUAGCCAAUGAAAUUUUAGUCACGUGGUAGACGUAGUUCAUAUCCUACUUUAUCGUCUUACAGAAAGUGCUACAGGUUUGGGAAUUAUUAUCGACACAGCUGAAAGGCGUACUCCUUUAUACCGGUAAAAUUCGAAACGCUGAAACUGAUUAGUAACAAAAUCAAUUAUCAUUCGGAAAUUUUUUACCGCUCCACGAUAGCUAUGAGCAGUUAUACGCUUCGUAAAAAAUCACAGGCAUCGAGAUCUUAGGCACGUAUUGGAUGCUCGCAUUUCGCCGUAGAUUCGCUUCCAACUUCGCCAAAUGCUUUCGAGCGUGCUCCGAUCGGUAUGCACAGUGCUGAAUUUCUUUCGUGUUAUUGUUUUCAUAGAUCAAGCCUUCGAUUCGUAGCAUUGAAAUUAAAACUGGUUUCUCAAACCCUCGACAACGAAAUCAGUGCUCUGCACGUUUUAAUUAUCGUUGUUUCAUAGAACUAAUAGCUGUAACUAUAGCGACAUGAUUUUAAGCGAAGUCGAAUUUCUAGGAUUCGUAUUUAUUGAAUAUUUUUUUUUUUUUGGUAUGGUAAUUUGGUAUUUCGCAAUUUCAACAGACACAUAAUCCCAAUGUUGAAUAAUGUUGAUUUACAUUGCACGCGACAAGUUAAACACACGAAUUAUACAUUUCGAUAAUUGAAAAUUUAUUUUUUGGCGUAUCUCUAGUUUUUCAUCAAAGAGAAAGACGCUGGAUUCGGAACACGCGUAUUAUAGUAUAGGAUAGGUUAAGACACUAUCGAACGAAAUAGUAACUUCGUCGUCGAAGGGUUAGGUUGAAAUAACACUGAAUACGUAGUAAACAGAAAAACGUCACCGUCGAAUCCGAAAAUGAAGUUUCUCGAACGAUCACUUUCAACACUGUUCGAUUCUAUACGUUCAGGCAAAACGUAAGCACGCAUUCGUGAGCCUGCUCGGAUCGAUUGCCACCUAUUGAUUCGAAUAAGUUACUCCGCCGCAUUUCGUACAUCACCGUGUAUACGAUCUACUCAACUAAACCACUACGCGUUGCGUUUUUUGUUUUGUUUCUUUAAUUAUCGUUAUCAGUAGUAAUAUUAAUAAUAUUUACCAUUAUUAUUAUUAUUUUCUCAUCGACGACGAUCGACCCGUUUACUUGAGUAGUACUCGCACUGCUUAUGGUAAAUGGUAAUGAUCGAUAAUCGUGGCAUCGGUGAUAAGUUCUCUCUUCACGCGAAUAACGAAUAAACUCUUAUCGGAAUAAACAUUUAUUCGAACAUCGCUUACGAGUCAAAUAUCGUUCGAGUACUUCCUGAUACCGAAUAAACAUUUAUCCCCGUAUCCACGAAUAAAUCCACGAAUAAAUCCUUCCGUUUUACUCGUUAUUCGAAAUAAAGUUUGCUCAACUCUGAUCCUUAACGUCACGUCGCGAACGGCGACAUCGAUCGAUUGUCAUACGCCAGUGGCGUUCAAACGUGGAAAUCAAGUUGGAAAGCAAUGAAAGGCACUAUUUAGACGUUACGUGGACACAGGUAGCGCCGAUAAUAGUCAUAAAACAGUACGUUACAUCCGCCCGCGCAUAUUUACAAGCGGGCUUGUUGCCGUUCGCGUGCGCGCUCCCCGAUUGUGCCAUUCGCGAUCUCUCGCGUCAUUAUGGCGAACCGAGGGAGAAUUUUUGAGAAUAUUUCGAGGCAAUCUGGUCGUAGACGGUUACUCGGUUGUAUUAUCGUUUCGCACGAAUGAGAACUCUACACGAUGCGAUCAUGAAGUAGAUGAGCGGGCGAUAAUUUUAUCUGAAAAUGGCGAAGAGUAUGUAGUUCCAUUGUCAGUCACAUUUCUAGGUUUAAACUCUUUACUACCGCUCUUUCAAUCGUACACUGUUCGUUAGGAAAAUACAAAACGUGGCUAACAUCGAAAGAAAAUCAAGUUGAAAAGUAUCGUCGUGUCCUAGAAUUUGUAACCUCAACAUUUUCUAAACUAUUCAAGUUACUAAAAUUUAGAAAUCGUGAAACAUUUUACCGUAGUACGCAUGCAAGAUAACGCGUAGGUGUUAAUUUUUGUUCUAAUUUACCAAUUGGAGGCGUUACUUUCAUUUUCCUAGUCUUGGUUAUUUUCUUCGCAAACUUUGUAUUCUUUGAUCUCUUUGAUCUCUUUGAUCUCUCGAUUGAUUUCGUUUACGAUUGUUACUUUUAUUUCGAAAUGGUUUCCAGAUAAAAUUAGACCGAAGAAGGAACAGUUCAUAUUAUAUUUUUUAACGCGUGCAAGCGACCCGUCGUCGUGGCGUGUCGAUCGAUGUCGGGCGUCGCAACGCUUUUUCAACAGUUAACCCCUCUUUAUUUCUCGUUAAAGUUUUAAGUACAAUGCUGCAUAAUAACACGACUCGAAACAUGCUACCGAUAUAAUCGUUUAUGAUAAUUGGUCCUGAAAAAAAUGAUAGAACCAAAUCUGGUUAAGUACGGUGAUCG